AUGUCGACCGCGACCAGUGCCACCGCGGCGACCAAGGAUGAGUCGCAGCCCGUCAAGAAGGGCGGACCCACGGUCCUGCGAUCCAUUCUGGCUGGAUCUACGGCCGGCGCUGUUGAGAUUGUCGCCAAGACUCGGUCGCAGCUCAACCGGAACUUGACUGCUGGUCAGAAGCUGCCGUGGCCGCCCUUCGGAGCGCAGUGGUAUGCAGGAUGCACGACGUUGAUUAUCGGCAACUCGCUCAAGGCGGGUAUCCGAUUCGUGUCCUAUGACCAAUACAAAAAGCUCCUUUCCGACGCCAACGGCAACAUUUCUGGCCCCAUGACCGUCCUUGCCGGCUUUUGCGCUGGUGUGACGGAAUCAACCCUCGCCGUGACGCCGUUUGAGAGCAUCAAGACCACGCUGAUCGACGACAAGAAGUCCGGUAAGCCCCGUAUGCGCGGCUUCCUCAGCGCCGUUCCCAUCAUUGCCCGCGAGCGCGGCCUCCGCGGCUUCUUCCAGGGCUUCGUGCCGACGACGGCCCGCCAGGCGGCGAACAGCGCGGUCCGGUUCAGCGCGUACAACAUGCUCAAGCAGAUGGCCGAGUCGUACACGGCGCCGGGGGAGAAGUUGGGUGCUGUCGGCACGUUUGCCAUGGGCAGCAUCGCCGGCCUGAUUACGGUCUACGCCACUCAGCCCCUUGACACGAUCAAGACGCGCAUGCAGAGCAUCACGGCGCGGACGCAGUAUGGCAACUCGUUCCGCUGUGCGGCCAUGAUCCUCAAGCAGGAGGGCGUGCUCACGCUGUGGAGCGGCGCGCUGCCGCGUUUGGCGCGCCUGGCGGUGAGCGGCGGUCUGGUGUUUACCAUGUACGAGAAGAGCAUGGACCUCAUGAACAAGAUGGACCCGGAGGGAAGAUACAUCUAA